AAGCAUGGUUAGAUGUAUCACAAAAUACAAUUUUAAAUUGUUGGAUCAAAACAGGAAUUUUACCGUCUAUAGAUUAUAUUCAACAAGAAAUAUCAUCUGAUCAAAUUGAUAUUGAAUUGGAUGUUGAACUUGAAGAUAUUGAAGAUCUUCUUGAUAUUUUACCUGAAUCUGCUGUCUGA